AUAGAGUUCAUUAACAAGGAAGCAGCUUUGAAAAUUGGUAAGCUGAUCGGAAAUCCAACACGGGUUGACAGAGCUACGGAGGAGGGUGCAAGAGGCAACUUUGCCCGAGUAUGUGUGGAGGUGAACCUCAUGAGGCCGUUGCUAUCGAAAUAUAAAAUUGAAGGCGUCGAGUACCUAAUCCAGUAUGAGGGACUUGAGAACAUAUGCACGGACUGUGGGACUUACGGGAAGCCGACUAAUCAUUGCCAAUGUAAGAAUCCUAUUGAGGUAGUAGUGGAGUCGGUUGAGAUGGUACCAGAAACUCAAGUUGUUGAACCAGAGAAGGGACCUGUCUAUGGAGAUUGGAUGAUGGUGAAGCGUAGGGACAGGAGGACGCAAAAAUGA